UGUUUACGCGUGGUGUCAUCACUAUAGCAACAAACAAAAUAGAAUAAUGCUAUAAUAAUAAAUCUAAUUAACGCAUUUCUGACUGGCUGGACUCGACUAUGAGUGGGAAUGAGCUACACGGAUUCGGACGAUACAGAUAUUUUGCUUUUAGCGCCUAAUUAUUACACGGAUAUGAUGAGCGCAGGCGCAGCAGCAGAUGCGCAGGCCAUGCCCCCACCUCCUGCGCCCACAAGUGCUGCUUAUCAGUUUCUGAACCCCAGCAAGAAGUUGGAGCUGAAUAACAUUAAUGCACGGUUGCAGAACAUCGGACUAGAUGCAGAGGAUAAUCGGGACUUUGAAUUACCCUCUGAUAUAUCUACAAUAUCCAUGAACACAGUGAGAAACGGAGCCGGACGGCCAAAUCGGGAGCUUCAUGGCAUGAUUCACUCCACACCAAAGAGUGGUUCUGUGGAGCCUCUCCGUCAUCGACCUUUGGAGGAAAACAUUCUCCUGGAAAUUGAUCACUACCUAGACGAAAACAAGGCGAAUCGAUGGCAACGGCAGGACCACCACCUCCAUCACCACAGUGAUGAUCAUCUUCGAAACGAACGGUUGGUGCAUGAGAAUCAUCCGACAACCACGUCUCUGCCCAGUUUGCGACUUGCUUCUUCCGGUGCUGCUUCAGUGGAAGCUGCCAGAGGAGCCCGAAAUAGUAUAAACGAGAACAAGCUUAUCAGUUUGAGUGAUCUUUGGGGAAAGAGCAGUUUGGGUAGAACUGUUCUAGACAACAACUCUCCCAACCGACUAUUGUGUAGUCCUUCCUUGAAAGAGGAACAACUCAGGAGGCAGCAUCUGGAGAAAGCUGUCCAUACCCUACAAACCCAACUGCUGGAGUAUCAGCAGCGUAUCUCAGUGGCAAUAGAGGUGGAUCGCUCCAAGGAUGCUGCUCUCAGUGAAGCAGAACAAACAACUCAGAGUCUCAACUACGAGGUACAGCAACUGCGUGAUGCUCUACACAGGCUGGAGGCGGACAGGGGCGAAUCUCAGGGUAAGAUUGAUGCCCUCCAGCACGAGUUGUCGCAGGCGGUCAACUUGGCCACCAAGUUCCAGGAAAAGAACGAUAAACUGGAAGGUGAACUGGAACAUCGCAGGCAAGAUGCCAAGGAUUGGGACGAAAGACUAGAGCAACUAGAAAUGCAACUGAACAGUAGCAAAAAAGCGGAGGAGCUAUCUCAUGCCGAGCUUAACAAGCUGAGAGACAAGUUUGCCAAAGUAGACUACCAGCAGGAGAAGCUAAAAGCCCGCAUAGAGGAACUGGAAAAGGACAAAAUCACGCUUACGCACCAAAAAGAAAUGCUUCAGGAAUAUCAUCAAAAGCAAAAAGCUAGAGCGGAUUCUUUAGAGACCCAACGCAAAUCCCUCCAAGAAACACUGGCUAAUCUAACCGAAACUGAGACCAAUCUUAAGAAGAAAUUAGAAAUACAGCAGAAAUCCUUAAAGCAGUAUUACCAACAACAAAUGGAAAUUGUGGUGGCAAAAAAGGUGCAGGAAUUUCAGGACCAAUUGGACAAAAACGAGGAGAAUUUGAAAAGCGAAGCUCGCGAGCGAGAAAGACUGAUAGCCGAGAGGGCUGUAAAGCAGCUUGAAAUGAUAAACGAGAAAAACAACCAGGAACUGAAUCUCAUCCAGGAGAAGCACAACGAAGAGGUGGAGCUGUACCGCCUUCAGCUGGCAAAUGCCUCUAAAAAGAUCGAUGAAUUGGAUCUUAAGCUUAGUUGUUACAAAACAAAGCGUGCUGAUAUCGCGGAGAAGCUUCAUGGAGUAAUGGAGGCACAAUGGCAGCAGGCACUUGCCAUACUCACAACGCCUAGUCAAAACUCCUUGAUGCAAGCCAGUGACACUGAAGGGGAAUCUCCUGAACUAAACAAUGCACGCAUGUAUCCGGAAACACCCAAGACAAGUAAAUCGCAGCGCAGCAACAGCACGGAGAAGAACAACCUGGACGUGGUGGGAAAACGGGAUCCACCCUCCCCGAUGGACAAGCUGCAGGCCUAUAUAGAGCUGCUCCUCAGCAAGUCGCCCAGUGACUUUGACAAACUCGAUGAGAUCUUAGCCAUGACGGCCAAACAGGGAAGCAAGCAAAGUAAACCAAAAAGCGGAAGUGGCAACUGUAAGCCUCCACCCUGGAAGUGCUGACAACAAGAGAAGCUUUUGAUAAGUAAUAUUGUAUUAAGUAUUACCUUUAGUUUG